CAAUCAGAAUUCAGGAACCAUUGUCUCUUCUCUCUGCCCCGCUUGAAUUUCCCUUUCUCUUCUAUUCUCUUCUUUCCUCUCCAAAUUCUUUGUGAAAAACAAAGAAUUUAGGGAGGAAAGAAUUUAUAAAUAAAUUAAUUUGUUUUCAUAAAUCUUUUUUUUUUUUUAAAAAGAAAAGAAAGAAGAAAGAGAAAAAGAAAACAGAUAUGCCGAUUUCAAAGAUUUCAUUCGAAGUUUUUGCCAUCGCAUCAAUAAUUUUCACCAUCUUGUUGCCUAUGGUGCGUGGUCAACCCGUUGCUCCCGCUCCGGCUCCCACGAGCGAUGGAACAACGAUAGACCAAGGCAUUGCAUAUGUUCUCAUGUUGGUGGCGUUGGUUCUCACUUAUCUCAUCCAUUGAUCCGUUUCCGAGUUUUACAUUUAAUGUUGCUCUCUAACGAUUUCUUUCUUCGCUUUGAUAUUGUAAAUGGAGAUCAAUAAAUCAUUAUAUAUGGUAGAAAAAUGAAGAGGCUUUCCUAAAUU